UCGGGUCCCAGGCAGGAAGUACAAUGGGUUCCUUUUGCAUCACGUCCAGGACAUCCGCGGGCAGGAACUUUUUGUCUACCACCACCUCGUAGACGUACUCGGAAUACCAAUCAUCCGUCAUGAUCAGGAAAUGUACAGCUGAUCUGUGACGAGUCUCAACCAACUCUGGCACUGUCAGACAUGCACGGCUAUCUCCUCUGGGCCAUCAGCUGUCUCUGCAUUCUUCCUGCUGCUCUCCGUGCUGAAGAAUGCAGCCAAGUUGUUCUGGCAAGACGUGGAAAACUCGACACGCCAGAAGGGGGCAGUCUGUCUCUGUCCUGCGUGGUCCAGCACUGUGGAGACACCUGGACAGGGAGCUGGAUAUGGAAAAAUUCUACACAUGCAUCAAGCAGCAUCAAAAACUCAGAGAGACGUCAAUUGACCAAUGUUACACUCUCUACAAAUCAAACCCGCUUAGUUUUGAAUUUCCUGACAGUCAGCCAAUCAGAUGAAGGUUCAUACGGAUGCAAGGUGAUGUGGGGUCAAGGUGACACUGAUCUGGGAAAUAUGAUGUAUGUGAACGUCACAGCAGCUGCCCCCUCUCACAGGAACUUCUUGCACAGGAUUUUGGUUUGUGCCAGUGCUUCUCUUUGUCUUCCCAUCAUUCUCGGAUUAGCUCGUUGUCUGGGUUCAGGGGUCAAGCCUCAGCCGCUUCCCAGGACAUGGUCCGCACAUGUAGCCGUGUACAGAGACCGACCACCCCCGCCUCCACCACUGCAGAGACAUGGCUCUCACUCACUCAGUGCUCCCCACAGGUCCCAGCAGAAAACUGAGGUGGUGUAUGCAGACAUUUCCAAGGAUCUACUGAGGCAACAGAGAGCCGUCAGAGAGCGCCCCCUGGAGCCCACUGUGUACUCAAGUGUCAAAUUCUUGUGACUGCAGACAAAGUUUUAUUUGGGGGUUAAAUUAAACGACUCGAUCCUUGAUGUUGUCAGGAAACGUUUGACGUAGACCUUCAGAGACUUUAAGCUUCUCAUUUAUGCAUGUCCUGAUACCUUUUGACUAGUCAUUAUUUUAAAGCCUUAAAGCAACACUAUAUCACUUUUACUGAGGAACAGCGCCCUCUGUAGUCACAUGUGGUGACUUAUUCUGUCGGCCUGAGCGAUUAAGUGGUUUUCACGUGGAGGAACGAACAAAGCCUGUCAAUCAUUUGACCGGAGCUCUAACUACACCGUCUCACUCACUGAACUGAAACCACUGAAUGGCUGGAUAUUACCAAUGAUCCAAGCUUCCGCUGUAACUAAUUCACCAAACGCUGUUUAGAAUUCUUCAUAUUUUGAAAGUUUCCUUGCUGAAUAUUGGAGAUAAACUCUGGUUUUUAAUAAUGGCCAAGUCUAAAGUUUGGCAGAACAUGCUGGACCUAAUUCUGACUAAGCUUCGACAAUCAGUUAGACAGACACACACAAACAAAAGUUACAGAGGAAGUACAGGUGUGCAGGGUGAGUGGUCGGUCAACCAUCAAAACUCAUUUUAAAGCUUCUAUUUCCUUCUAUUUUUUAAGAGGUGAAAAAAUAACAUAGUGUUGCUUUAACCUGUGUAUUGUACAAUAUCAUUAAAGUAGAGGAUUCAGCAGUGUUUUCUUGUUGUUACUGCCACCAACAAGGUUAUGUUUUAAUAGCAGGAUUACACAAAUACUACUGAACCGAUUUUGCUGAAACUUUGUGGUAGGGUGGUAUAUGGGCCCAGGAUAAAAAGAGAUUUGAUUAAAUGGGCUGAUACAGGACUGUUUUUUACACUUGCUUUCACUCUGUAAAACUGUUUUUUCAAGAAAUUACGUCGAUAACUUAAUGAAAAUGUUUGAAACUAUAGUUUGUUCGUUGAUUUAUUUAUUAGCGGAAUCCAACAAAACAGAUUUACAAUAGACUUGUUGCAGAGAUGGGAAUUACAAGAAACCAUUGGUGACAUGCAGAUCAGAGGCAGAUGUAAGAAUUCCAUGCUUUCUUAAACUUUGUUAUUAAAAAUAAAUCCUUCAGACCA